AUGACAAACUUGGCGAUUCUUACAUUGAGGAGAAAUCAGUUGUCUGGAGAAUUCCCUCAAGCAUGGAGUCUGUGGAGCAAUAUACUGGUAGUACAUGUCGGAUACAAUAACCUUUCUGGUGAUAUUCCCAGCUCAAUGGGUGUUCCAAGCUCUCUUGCUAUACUGAAGCUGAACAACAACUUUAGGGGGACUAUUCCCAAGUGUUGUAAUGGAAUGUAUUCCUUGGUUGAAAGUUUUUCCAAUGUGAGUCACUAUGAUAGUUACAUUGAGCAAAUCACAUUGAUGUCAAAAGGAACAGAACUGAUAUACAACACGACUCUAUUUUUCGUCAACAUCAUUGAUCUUUCGUCAAACAAUUUAGAAGGAGAAAUCCCUAAAGAAGUAAGUAGCCUCGUUGAAUUGGGUACCUUGAACUUGUCCACUAAUCAUUUAAGUGGACAGAUUCCCUCGAAGAUUGGAAACUUGCGAUGGUUGGAAACUCUUGCUCUCUCACACAAUCAACUCUGGGGACCGAUUCCUCAAAGUUUGGCUUCUUUAAUCUCCUUGUCUCACUUGAAUUUGUCCUAUAACAACUUGGCCGGAAGAAUUUCCUCGAGCACACAACUUACUACACUUGAUGAUUCAUCAAUAUACGAAGCCAAUCCAUUAUUGUGUGGGGUUCCUCUUGCAACCAAGUGCUUGGGAGAUAGCACACCUGCUGCUCAGGAUGGGAAAGACAACAAAGAUGAAGAUGACAAUGAAAAGCUUGGUUUCUAUGGUAGCAUCGUACUCGGCUUCAUUAUAGGCUUUUGGGGUGUUUGUGGCACAUUGGUUGUCAAGAAUUCAUGGAGGUAUGCUUAUUUUCAAUUCUUCGAUAACAUUAAAGAUAAAGUAGCAUUGGCAAUUGCAUUGACAGUAGCUCGUUGGCAUUGA